GCUUAAUCGAACAAUUCACGUAAAAGGCGCGUACUCCUCACAUACCUGGAACGGCCACCUACAAAGUUAUGAGCCAUCCUUCUCUUACUGCUUCUUAUUUACCUGGUUCCUCCAAAUCGUACGGGCACGACUGGUCGCAGGAUGCACUUGGAGGAAAAAUUCGAGUUUCUGGCAGACAUUUCAUUGAUAAUUACGGACGUGUAUGCGGGCUGCGGGGUGUAAAUCUCUCAGGAUCAUCAAAGUCUUCUUCGAACCACAACAAUGACACCUUUCCUUCUGAGGCAGAGACGGUCACAUUUAUUGGCAGGCCGUUUCCCCUUGAAGAUGCUCCGGAGCAUUUUGCCAGGCUCAGAAGAUGGGGACUGACUUUUAUAAGGUUUUUGGUGACUUGGGAAGCUGUAGAGCAUGCUGGCCCAGGCAUCUAUGACACUGAAUAUCUUGAAUAUAUCCGGAAUCUUCUAACUUUACUUCCGCAGUACGGAAUAAUUGCAUUUGUUUCUCUUCAUCAGGACGUAUGGUCUCGAUACUCGGGUGGUUCUGGGGCACCUGCUUGGACUCUGGAGACUGUUGGGUUUGACCUGCAUGAACUAGAAUCUACAGGAGCGGCGUGGCUGAAAGGUGUUCGAGGAGGAGGACACCUCGAAGAAGAAAGAGGAUUAUGGCCGUGUGGGUAUCAAAAGCUAGCCGCCGCGACUAUGGCAACAUGUUUUUGGGCUGGAGAUGCGUUUGCGCCCAAAUUAUUGACAAAGGGCAAACAUGGAGACCCUAUUUCCGUUCAACAAUUCCUUCAAGAUGCUUACCUUGACAUGAGCGAAAUGGUGGUCAAAGCUGUUGGUGACCUCGAAGGAGUUGUUGGGUUUGAGAUGAUGAAUGAACCACACCGUGGAUAUGUAGAAAUUCCAUCUCUACAUUACUUUGAUUAUAACACCGAUCUUCAUCUUUCCGCCGUUCCAUCUGCUCUGGAGUCUUUCCAACUCGGAGCUGGUCGGCCAACUGAGGUCGCCGUAUGGACGCGAUCUUUUCCUAUGCCUACGCGUAAAACUGGGCACGUUGUGCUUAAUGUAGAUAAGCGCAAAGUCUGGAGAGAAAACGGACCGACGAAGGGACAAUGCUUAUGGGAGAUGCAUGGUGUAUGGGGUUGGGAUAAGAAUAAGAACGAAGCAAUUGUAUUAAGAGAAAGCUAUUUUGGAAAACACCCUACGAAUGGGAAGAAGAUCGACUGGUACACAGAUUUUUACUACCCAUUCCUGAAUAAAUGGGCAGAGCGUAUGCGAAGAGCUUCGUCCCCCGACAAGAUAGUCUUUCUAGAGAUGAUUCCCAACGAGUUUUGCCCGCCGUCUUUCACUAAAGGUCACCAGCCACCUAACAUAGUCUAUGCACCUCAUUGGUACGACCUCAACGCGCUCUUCACAAAAGCAUUUGGCAAUUUCACGGUCAAUGUACAAGGACUUUCAAGGGGGAUGUUCCCCCUCAAAGCUUUCUACUGGGGUCAUAAAGGCGCUAGAGACAAUUUUGCGUUACAGAUACGUAAUAUUGUCCAGGAGGCCUACCAAGUGCUCGGUGAAACGCCCGUCAUCAUUGGGGAGUGCGGUAUACCUAUGGAUAUGAACAAUGGGGAAGCGUUUCAAACCGAUGAUUUUACGUGGCAGGCGAAAAUGAUGGACGCGAUGUUAGUGGGACUGGAGAGGGCAAUGGUCGGUUUCACCUUAUGGAAUUACAAUCCACAUAAUACCGACCUUGCGGGGGAUGACUGGAACGGAGAGAAUUUCUCUUGGUUUAGUCGAAGUCGGGCUCUUCCCCGGGAAUUGUUAUACCAUGAACAAUCUUCCGCAUCAUUGGAUAACGGUGGCCGGAUUCUUUCUGCGGUAGUGCGCCCAUAUCCUGCCAAAACAGCGGGGAUACCAUUGAAAUUUGAGUAUGAAGUUACUUCAGGAUCUUUCAUGUUUAGGUGGUGCAAUCCCGACACCCACACGAAUUAUUCAAAAGCUAUUAAUUGGGCGCCGACUGUGACCGAGCCAUCACGAUCUCAUCCAGAAGUCAAGGCUCUAGAAACGGAAAUCUUCUUACCUUCCUUGAUUACACAUGGGAGGUCUGUUGUCGUUUCAGGACUCGACGAAGACGACUCGUAUGUCUACGAUGAAGCGAGACAGACUUUGUUCAUUGUUGCGAAAAACACGCAGCCUGGAAGCAUACACGAGGUCCGGGUAAAAUUGGCUGCAUUAGAGGGCUUUAGAAGUAGGCCGCUGUUGUUCGAGGUCAACGACAUCUGGAGUGACUUUGGUAUGGGUGUCUGUGCUUUAGUCGUAUUGUUUUCUGCGUUGCUGCUGGGAAUGUCUGGAAUUGGGGAGCAGCUUUUGCGGAGGGUGGAGCUUAUACUAUAGAUACACUCUUAAGACUGUUCAUUAGCUCUGAAAAUACUAUCGUAGGUACUAUCAGCAGGUACUUAGGACUUGGAACUAAUGUUUCAGUAAUGGGAAAAUGUGUGCCACCGGCUAUGUUGAAUGGCCGUGCCUGCCUUUUUCUUUGCCUUCAUCUCGUCCAUUUCACUAGCGGCGGAAUGCUCGAUCCUUCGUCGACGGCCCCUCCCCCGGAUCAACUUUUACAACCUCCACCGAAGCAAAAAAGGUCGAGUGUAGCUUGCAGGCGAUGUCGAAGGCUUAGAGCCAAAUGCGUGAAGGAGGAGAGAGAUGGGGGCCUUUGUAGAGGUUGU